AAGAAAUCCUAUGUGUUAAGACUUGAGGGCAUAGGGAUGGGAGGGCCGAGGCUGUCCUCAGGGAGACAGGGCGGGGCUAUCCUUCCCCUGUCCGGACUCAAGGGUCGCGGUGCGGCCGCGCCCACCCCCGCCCGCGUCAGCGCGCUUCCGGAAACUGCUCGCCGAACCCGGUUUUCCCGCGUAGGUUCCGGAAGAGCUCGGUUCCCCGAGCCAAACGUGCAGAGCGGGCGCUGGGUGCUUUGUUCCCGGCGCGUUGUUGCCCUGCGCGCCCCGAGAGGCCAGAGUCCUGGUGUCGCGCGCGCCGGGGACGCGCGGGGGCUGAGCACCCGGGUGUGAUCGCUGCAGCCGGAGCUCCGGAGCUCGUGCGCCCUGCGUAGCUUCGGGGGGUCCGAGGCAGCUGCGGCUCUCGUGCGGACCCUGCGAAGUGGGCGCAGCGGCAGCCGAGGCGGUGCGAUGCGGGGCCCGCCCGGGAGCCCGGGAAGGGAAAGCGGAAGCCGCGCGCCCUGUCGGUGACUGCGAGCACUCGGCCCCUAGUCCUAGCUGCCUGCCUUUGGCUGCUGGUCCCGCUGCACCCGGCGCGCCGUGACCAUGGCCAUCGCCCACCUGGCUACGGAAUACGUGUUCUCAGACUUCUUGCUGAAGGAGCCCACGGAACCCAAGUUCAAGGGGCUGCGGCUGGAGCUGGCGGUGGACAAGAUGGUCACGUGCAUUGCUGUGGGUCUGCCUCUGCUGCUCAUCUCGCUGGCCUUCGCCCAGGAGAUCUCCAUCGGUACCCAGAUAAGCUGCUUCUCCCCAAGCUCUUUCUCCUGGCGCCAGGCUGCCUUUGUGGAUUCAUACUGCUGGGCAGCGGUGCAGCAAAAGAGCUCCCUGCAGAGUACAUCUGGGAACCUCCCACUGUGGCUGCACAAGUUCUUCCCCUACAUCCUACUGUUGUUUGCCAUCCUCCUGUACCUGCCCCCGCUGUUCUGGCGCUUCGCAGCCGCCCCACACCUCUGCUCAGACUUGAAGUUUAUCAUGGAAGAACUUGACAAAGUCUACAACCGCGCCAUCAAGGCUGCCAAGAGCGCUCGGGAUUUGGACCUGAGAGAUGGACCUGGACCCCCAGGAGUGAAUGAGAAUGUGGGGCAAAGUCUAUGGGAGAUAUCUGAAAGCCACUUCAAGUACCCAAUCGUGGAGCAAUACUUGAAAACAAAGAAGAACUCUAGUCAUUUAAUCAUGAAAUACAUUAGCUGCCGGCUGGUGACGUUCAUGGUUAUACUAUUAGCAUGUGUGUACUUGAGCUAUUACUUCAGCCUCUCCUCACUCUCAGAUGAGUUUCUGUGCAAUAUCAAGUCGGGCGUCCUGAGAAAUGACAGCACCAUUCCCGAUCACUUCCAGUGCAAGCUCAUCGCCGUCGGCAUCUUCCAGCUGCUCAGCUUGAUUAACCUCCUUGUGUAUGCUCUGCUGGCUCCCGUGGUCAUCUACACACUAUUUGUCCCAUUCCGGCAGAAGACAGAUGUUCUCAAAGUCUACGAAAUCCUACCCACCUUUGAUGUUCUACAUUUCAAGUCUGAAGGCUACAACGACUUGAGCCUCUACAACCUUUUUCUGGAGGAGAACAUAAGCGAGCUCAAAUCAUACAAGUGUCUAAAGGUGCUGGAGAACAUUAAGAGCAACGGGCAGGGCAUCGACCCCAUGCUGCUCCUGACUAACCUGGGCAUGAUUAAGAUGGACAUCAUGGAUGGAAAAGUUCCCAUGUCCUUAGAGACCAAGGGAGAGGACCAGGGGAGGCAGCCAGUAGACUUCAAAGAUUUGGACCUGAGCAGCGAAACAACAGCAAACAGUGGGGAGAAGAACUCUCGCCAGAGACUUCUGAAUUCGUCAUGCUAAUGGUUUCACUCUGGAAUUUCAAGCCUGUGGCUUCUGUGGCUGACGCACCCCUGUUGGAUCUGUAGGUGGUUUUCAGUAGAUGUUUCUGGUUUUGAUGUGGUGUGUGUCCUCUCAGUCUCUGAUAGAGACUGUGUCAGAGACUGGCCAACGGUGUCAUGAAAGGAUGGAUUAGGAACGCCCCACAAGACAAAGUAGGGAAAUGAGUAAGUGGGCGUAGUUCAAGUCCUCGUUGAAGGGCUGUUCUAGAGCCUCAGAGACACCAUUCUGGACUGAGCUUCUAGAGAGCAGGCACGUUGGGGAUCCUUUGUUUGGUGAGAUAAUAAUAAACAUGCCAGGAUAUAAUUUAGUAAUACCCUCUGUGUGCCCUUACUGACUGCUGGCCUACCAGUGAAGCGGGCCUCCAUGUGGCAGUGUCCUAAAUUGGGUGUGACCUGAUGUCUUGGCUCUUGUACGUGCAAGCUCUGCGGUCACUUGUGAGCCUCAGCUAAUUGUUGUCCUCUAACCACUGCUCCCUGCCCUUUGCCCUCUGCCAGGACAGCAGGCUGAGGCAGUGUCCACUGAACCCAGCUGAGGAGGCGGAGUCUGAAGUGUGUCAGCUCAUACCAUGGUGACUGUCAGGAGGAAAGCUUCAGAAACAGCCCAGUGGGAAACCUGAAUGUAGUGGCGAUUGAUAGGUGUUGUCUAGACACCCGAGAUAGGAGGAUAGGAUUUUAUUGAGUCACGUUAACACAGCGAGGGUUCCUCUGCUCAGUGUGCACAGAACAUGGAACGGACACAACACUAACCUUGCCAUUCAUUUGGAGGCAGAUUAUUUAAGUUUAAGCCCAACUUUUUAAAUUGCGCAUUAAUUUAUGUGACUGAGGUCAUUUGAGAAGAACAUCCUAGCAUUGAUAAGAAUUGCAGAAUAAAUUAUACACAUGGGUGGUGAGCACAGAUACAGGCAUUGCUUUAUAAGCAGCUUUGCUCUGUGAUGUGGUCUCGCUUUGUAGCUCAGCCUGCCCCUCAGAAUGGCAUCAGUCUUCCUCCCUCAGGCCCCCCAGGUGUGGGGUUCCAGGUGUGAGCUAUGGGCCUGACCGUAUAAACAUGUGUGCUGACUUAGAAUCCACUAACCCUGGCCCCAUUCUGACAAGGUGCACGUGUUUUGUGUUCACACUUUAAAUGGAGACUCUUUCGUCUGCAGACCUGCCCGUCUUUAAUGUGUUGUUGAAAGGAACGUCCUCGGGAAGCUCCUGCUUUACUUUUGUCCAAACUUAGGGACAAUUGUUUGCCUAAUCUAAUUGCUUUUUGUGAGGUCAGAUGUUACAUAAGUGGUUGUGUGUGUUUUGGGAAUGUACAGAAAAAACAGUUUUGUUGUAUUUUAUGGCGGUUUCUGAGUGGGAAAGCGCACAUAAGUAUCAGGAGUGCACUGGGUGCUCUGCAUGGCACAGGUCCAUGAUGUCUCUUUCUGUUGAGUUACGGUAUGGCUGAGAAGCGGUAACUAAGAAACCGAUCCUGUAUAUUUUUACAUUGCCAUGUCUGAGACAUUCCAUUACCAUUCUCCACAAUGUGUAUUUAUGUUUUGUUUUGUUUUUAAAAAACUUCGAAAUGACCUUUAAAAUAUUUUUUUUUAGGAUAUGGAUUUUUUUUUUUUUUUUCAAAAAGCUUCAUCUCUCUUGUAGCCUACCCAUAACAUGUACUUUGAUGCAGUAAAAAUUCCUACUUUAUUUUAGAAGAUCAGGAACUGUCUGAGCCUAAGCGUGUGUAAUCCUCUGGUCAGAAAGUGUGCUUGGGUUCCUGUUGCACUUUACCCUCCCAUCCUCACCCUGAGCUCCAAGACAACUCCACAGCAUCCCAGGCAUCACGCUUGGUACUGGCCGUGGCACGUAUGAGCAGGCAGGUCCUAUAUUGAGGGCAUCAGAGCCUCGAAAUGUAGCAAAGACGUAUGUAGGCACUAAGAGAAGAUAGAAUGCCCACAAUAAAGACCCUUCCAGAAAGGUGGAAACCCUCUGUGGUGUUGGGAGGAACCAUAUCGUAUGGUCCCCCUGCCCAUUUGCUGCCCUGAGUUCCAUGGCUGGUGAUUUAUGGGGUCUGCUGUUCGCCUGGAGGCAGAUGACCAUCUUCAGCCGUGAACCCUCUCUAGAGAGGUUUGGAUAAAGCAAUAUCCGUGGUUUUGAGCCGUUGGGCCUAGCUGGCUUCUCUACUUCCCUUCCAGGGAGCAGCCUGUGGGCACGUGGUGGAUUUAGAACUCUGAGGGGCUGAUGCUCAGCAGUUGGGAGGUUAACCCUUCCCUUGCCGACCUGCUGCCUUGGAGCACUUCUCGAGAGAUGACAGGAAGGCUUUUGUAAGGACUUCUCCUUUUAUUACAAACAUCCUAAACGACCACUCUGGGGCCACUGACCUUGCUUUAAGGCUUGGCAAAUGACUUGUUUUCCUUACUGGACUGCUGUUUGACACAGCAGUGUGGCAGCAGAGGCAGCACAGAUCCUUCUGGAAGCAGAAUUCUAGUACAUUUGCAGUUUUACCAAGGGACACUUGGAGGCCUCCUCCAGCAUAGAGGCCCUCAAGCUUGGGAUAGAGGCUAUUUUUAAAGCUACAGAUGCAUAUUUUGUCGUAGCUUGUGCUUGCCAAGGAGCAAGCCCCACGCUGAGCCAAGUGUACCUGGCCCAUGAGAAAGCUGUUGCCUGCAGUGUGAGACCUGGCUGUACGUUCACUUAAUUGAGUCAUGUUUGCAUGCUUCCGAGAGAAUGCUGCCUUUCCGUUACACCCCUUCAUUUGCUAGAGUCAGACUCAGGUUGCCAGCCUCUGGCCUGGAGAGACUAGGCAACAGCAUCGAUCUUGUUUUCCCUGGAGUCACAAGGCUAACUUCUUCCUAUCUUCCCUUCUGUUCCGUGUCUCUGGAGCAUGGGGGAGAUGGGCACAACAUACCACUUAUGGAGCAUCACCCUGCUUUCCAGUGGUACUGUUAGGGGCUAGAAACUGCCACUUCUCUGGUUUGCAUGUAUGUUUUAACGUGUGUAAACAUCUGUAAACAUUUCCUUUCCAAGACUAGCCCCCACUGAAAGAAGAAUGGCUGCACCUUUCAGGAUACACAUCCUGCUUGGUUUAAUCUAUGUGUCAGAGCAGCACAAAUGGAUCUACAAAGGUCAGGAAUCUUGAUUCGCUGCUGUACCACCAACUCUUAAAUCAGCGGCUGAGACACACCACGAGCUCUGUAAACACGGGUUGAGUGAGCAAGCAAGGGAAACAGUAGGGAGCCUUAGUGUGUUGGCAUUUAGGAUCUGAUUUAAAAGGCAUGUGGUCCCCCACCAGAGAGGGUAGCGGGAAGGCUCCUUGCACUGACUGGUAGAACAGAGUCUUGUUACAGACAGCCUUUCCCUGUACACACUGGCGGUUCUUAGAUUCUUAGCUAUUGAUCUGGGAUGAGUCGUGACCACUUCCCGAGUUCAGCGUAAGUUCAAGGCUGUCUGGCAGUGACUGGGGAAGUGAGAGUCUUAAGGUCCUGGUCUCAGCAAUGCAGAAUUAACCUCUUAAAGGAGCAGUGGUUAAAAUGCGCAAUUACCAAUUAAUGGUUUGUCUGUGGGCGCCGAGGUGAAUGGCUCCUUUGGGGCAGCUGUUGGCAUUUUGGCCUUAUUUCUCACAAGAACAUCGGAACCUCUUUUAGAAGAUUGACAGAGAUGCUAUUGUAUCAGCUGUGGAAUAUAAUAGGUGCUAAUUCAAAGUUGGUUUUCCUGCCUGAAUCAAAUUAGACAUAUUGUGUUUCUGGAUCUUUUUAGCUGUAAAGUACUUUGUCACCGAAGCAUGUAGAUUUUAAUCAGUAAUUGUUCUUAGAUUCCUGAAAGUACAAAGUUUCUUGUGUCUUGUGGUACUUUUUCCAUUGCUCAACCACAGGAGAAAACUGUAGGAAUCUGCAGUGUGGUAAGUGUUCCGAAGAAAAACAAACACAGUCUGCUCCACUUGACAACAAGUUGGUCUUUUAAAAACGCCGUAAUGGCACUUUAGUGGCAUUCAGUACAGUGGUGUUCUGUGGAUAGGUUAAAUUUCUCUCCUUCAGUUUUUUUGUUUUGGUGGUGGUGGUGGUGGUAUGUGUGUCUGUGUGUGUGUUUGAGACAGGGGUUUUUUUUUGUUUGUUUUUGAGACAAGGUUUCUCUGUGUAGCCCUGGCUGUUCUGGAACUCACUUCGUAGACCAGGCUGGCCUCAAACUCAGAGAUUCGCUUGGCCCUACCUGUCUUCUUAGUGCCGGGAUUAAAGGCACGAGCCACUGUGCCCAGCUAAGUUAAAUUUCUUUUUUUUAUUUAAAUUAUUUUUUUGUAAUUUAUUUACAUGUUGAUCUUAGCCCCCUCCCUCAUCUUCUCCUGGUCCUACCCUCCAUCUCUUCCUCUCCCUUCCCCCCCCUAUUUCUCAAAAAGGGGGAGCCCUCCUCCCACCUGCAUCCUCUUCCUCUGUGGCCUGGCAAGGCUUCCCCCACCAGGGGGAAGUGAUCAAAGAUUGGGCAACAGAGUCCACAUCAGAGACAGCCCCUUCUCUCCUUACUAGGGAGAGACUAAGCUGCCCAUUGACUACAUCUGAGCAGGGAGUCUAGGUCCUCCCCAUGCGUGGUCCUUGGUUGGUGCAACAGUCUCUAAAGGCCCCCCGUGGCCCAGAUUUGUUGGGUCUGUUGGUCUCCUUAAGGAACUCCUUCCCUUCUGGGUCCUUCUAUCUCCCCACUCUUACGUAAGACUCCUUGCGCUCUGUUUGCCUGUGAGUAUUAGCAUCUGCUUAGAUCCUCUGCUGGGUGGAGUCUAAAUUAAAUUUCUAAUGAUUACAUUUUUCUGAAACCUUUUAAGAAAAAUAUGUAUGUUGUUUUUUUUCUGUUUCAUUUGGUAAAAACACUGGGCCGAUGAAGAACGACUUUAAACACCAAGUUCAUCCUCACUUUCGUCCCACAAAGUACAAAUGUGAGAACGGUGUCAGAAAAGAAUCUUGUGAAGAACACAUCUGAAAGCUGAUUGUACCACUGAACUCGGUGCUUCCAUGGGAAGUACCUGCCACCCUAUACCGAUGUCCACCUAAAGAAGCUGUGUGUCUGUAGACAGCGGCAAAUGGUGCUUUAGUUCUGUGCUCUGAUGUCCCCUAAAUAAAACUUUUCUAAGUAACAAA